AUUCUGCUGAUAUUGAAUAUUCUCUGGAAGGGCCCUGUGGAAGCAGAUGAGGAGGAAGAGAAUUCCCAGGAGCCAUGUCAGCCUCCAAUAUCACCUUAACACAUCCAACUGCCUUCUUGUUGGUGGGGGUUCCAGGCCUGGAACACCUGCACAUCUGGAUCUCCAUCCCUUUCUGCUUAGCAUAUACACUGGCCCUGCUUGGAAACUGCACCCUCCUUCUCAUCAUCCAGGCUGAUGCAGCCCUCCAUGAACCCAUGUACCUCUUUCUGGCCAUGUUGGCAGCCAUCGACGUGGUCCUUUCCUCCUCAGCACUGCCCAAAAUGCUUGCCAUAUUCUGGUUCAGGGAUCGGGAGAUAAACUUCUUUGCCUGUCUGGUGCAGAUGUUCUUUCUUCACUCCUUCUCCAUCGUGGAGUCAGCAGUGCUGCUGGCCAUGGCCUUUGACCGCUAUGUGGCUAUCUGCAAGCCACUGCACUACACCAAGGUCCUGACUGGGUCCCUCAUCACCAAGAUUGGCAUGGCUGCUGUGGCCCGGGCUGUGACACUAAUGACUCCACUCCCCUUCCUGCUGAGAUGUUUCCACUACUGCCGAGGCCCAGUGAUCGCUCACUGCUACUGUGAACACAUGGCUGUGGUCAGGCUGGCGUGUGGGAACACUAGCUUCAACAAUAUCUAUGGCAUUGCUGUGGCCAUGUUUAUUGUGGUGUUGGACCUGCUCUUUGUUAUCCUGUCUUAUAUCUUUAUUCUUCAGGCAGUUCUACUGCUUGCCUCUCAGGAGGCCCGCUACAAGGCAUUUGGGACAUGUGUCUCUCAUAUAGGUGCCAUCUUAGCCUUCUACACACCUGUGGUCAUCUCUUCAGUCAUGCACCGUGUAGCCCGCCAUGCUGCCCCUCAUGUCCACAUCCUCCUUGCCAAUUUCUAUCUGCUCUUCCCACCCAUGGUCAAUCCCAUAAUCUAUGGUGUCAAGAUCAAGCAAAUCCGUGAGCGCAUCUUGGGAAUAUUCCUAAGAAAGGAUAUGUAGAGGGUGAGGUGGAGAAAGAAUGGGUUGGCUUGUCUGCUGGAGUUGGAGACAGGCUAUGGUAGGAUGUGCACGGCUGC